CUGGAAUGAGUGGAACCUCAACCUGGAAGACGAUCUUCGUAUCAUCAAUGGUCUUUGGUGCUGAUGUAAAAAAUUAGUGUUAGGAAGUGGAGCUCCUCAGGGUUUUCAUGGAAUAUGACGUGACCGUGGUGUUGUCACCUUGUCCACCCAUUUCACCUGACCAGGUGUGCGGGCGAGGAGGACGUGGUGGUAUGCGUGUGGGCAGCAGCUGGAGGUGGCAGCUUUCCCGGGCUAUGAGACUAGCACUGCGUUGUUGCCGAUGGUGCCCUCCGAAGAGAAGGGGUCGAGGCGGGCGAAGCAGCGGGGUUCUGGAGCUGUGGAGCUACAGCAAACUGCUGCUCAAAUCGCUGUACUUCAACAGCCUCAGCAACUCGGACACUUUCCUCGACUGUGUUUUUGAGCCCGUGUACUGGAUUGUGGACAAUGUGACGCGCUGGUUUGGAGUGGUGUUUGUCUCUCUGGUCAUCCUGCUGACAACCUCAGUUGUGGUCAUCGUCUAUCUGUUCGUUCUUCCCACGAUCCUCAGCACCUACAUUGUGCCUUGGGUCUUUUGGCACAUCUCUUGUGGCCACUGGCUUCUCAUCAUGGUGGUCUUCCAUUACUACAAAGCCGUCACCACGUCUCCGGGUCACCCACCCAAGGACAAUUUCCAUAUUCCUUCUGUGUCCGUUUGUAAGAAAUGUAUCAAUCCAAAACCGGCCAGGACGCACCACUGUAGCAUCUGCAACACGUGUGUUCUAAAGAUGGACCAUCACUGUCCUUGGCUUAACAACUGUGUGGGCCAUUUCAACCAUCGCUACUUCUUCUCCUUCUGCCUCUACAUGACUCUGGGCUGCAUCUACUGCAGCAUCAGCAGCAAAGACAUGUUUCUAGAGGCUUACAAUGCUGUUGAGAGUUACUAUCAGACGCCCCCCCCGCCCUACACAUCCACAGAGAUGACUGCCCAAAAGUGCAUCAUCUUUCUCUGGGUACUGACCAGCUCCGUGGCGGUGGCUCUGGGAGGGCUGACCCUGUGGCACGCCACGCUCAUCAGUCGUGGGGAAACCAGUGUGGAGCGCCACAUCAACCGCAGAGAGACGAAAAGACUCAAGGAGCUGGGCAAGGUGUUCAGAAAUCCGUAUCAUCGUGGAAAGCUGGAGAAUUGGAAGCUGCUCCUUGGCGUGGAGAAAACAAGCCACUGGUUCACACGGGUUCUCAUACCCUCCGGCCAUCUUCCCAAAGGUGAUGGCAUCAUGUGGGACUGCACCUUCACGAAAAGACACCCCAUGGCCAUUUGACACGCUUUGUCUUCUAACACGCAUCCACACCACACUCAGUUCCCACUAUCGUGUUGAUGGAUCUUUUUUUUGGGUGUUGCUGGUCAGCAUUGUUCUCCCAAUGAAUCCAACGAUCCUUUUCCGGAAGGUAGAACAUGUGUACUGUAUGUCUGGGCUUGCAGUCAUUGCAUUAUAAAAGGUGCUACAACAGGGUGUCCAAACUUUUUCCAAUGAGGGCCGCAUAAUUAUGAGAUAAAAAUAAUUAUGACUUAGUGUGCUAGGUUGUUGCCUUGUCACGUUCAUGUCCUGAAAGACUUGGACCACCUCCGUGUCCAAGUCAUUCCAAUGGUUCACAGACAAAUAUUGCUUAUUAUUAUGACAUCCUAGUUCACGCAUUGUGUUUUUUUAUUAUAGAGAAAUGUCACCAGCAUCAGCCCAUCACUACUCCACUGACAACAUAGGCACACGUGUCACUUUAUUGAGAACAAGGUCAUGAAAUCAUGCUAAUUCAGUGAGACUUUUGUUUUUAUUUAAAUGGGUGAGUGUAUCCGCUCACAGUGAUGAUGAUAUACGUGCGGAUAUUUUAUGUGGCGUCUUUGUGCCAAAUUCAUGUCGAUGCCUGUGAGAUGUAGUCGUGUAACUGAGUGAUACCAAGCCCAAACAAAAGAGCUGCGCUCUGUUAAAUCACUGUCCUUUUUAAUAAAAACAAAUCUUUGAUAUUA